AACAGAGAAGCACAAAGCAAUCAUAUAAAGAGCCAUUGGAGAAAUUUUUUAGCUCUUCAAUGGCUGCCUUGGACAACAAGCUUUUCUUUUUUCUCCCUCUCCUCUUCAUAAUUAAUGGGAUUGAUGCACAAAUUCAUUUUCCUCAUUUUCCUCAUUUUCCUCAUUUUCCUCAAAUCCCUUUCUUCAACCCCUUGGGUUUCGGUCGACAUAGUGGCAAUAGCGGCAACAUAGGUGAGGGCCCGGCUUUUGCUACUAUUGAAGGCUUCGAUCCAAGGGCUGAUAGGCCAGAGCCCCGUGAUGGUCCUACUGCAGGUAGGGGAGAGCCUGCUGCUGAUCUUAACGUUAGAGAAGAGCUCCGCGGUAUUCCUAAGCGCGGCAAGCCAGUGGGUGGUGAUCCCAAGCCUGGCAAGCCAGUGGGCGGUGAUCCUCAGCCUGGCAAGCCAGCAGCGGAUGUACCUACACAGCCCGACUUCCCAACCCAGUUCACAGGGGCGUGGGAAGUUGUUCAAUUGGACUCAGGCGUAUCGGCCAUGCAUUUGAAUUUGCUCCCCAACAACAAGAUCAUGAUGUACGACGCCUCUGCCUUCCAUAUUUCCAACCUCAAAUUGCCUAAUGGACAAUGCGUGCCCUACAAGAAUGACAAGGGCGUGGAGCUAACAGAUUGUUGGUCUCAUGCAGUUGAAUAUGACGUUGAAACUAAUGCAGUCAGGCCACUCAAGGUCGUUACAGACCCAUGGUGCUCAUCAGGAGGGCUGACGGCUGACGGUAACUUUAUAAGCACCGGUGGUUGGAUGGAUGGAACUAGAGCUGUUAGAUACUUCGAUGCAUGCCCCACAUGUGACUUUAGGGAUAUCCCCAACGUGUUGGCCGAACCAAGAUGGUAUGCAACACAAGUAACCCUACCUGACGGUAGAUUCUUUCUAGCCGGUGGCCGCAAGUCAUACAGCUUUGAGUUCGUUCCACCGGAAGGACAAGUUAACAAGCAAGCCAUCUUCUUCCCACUGCUCGACGAAACCACCGACCUAGACGAAAACAACCUCUAUCCUUUCGUCCACGUUUCGACAGAUGGCAACCUCUUCAUCCUCGCCAACCGCCGCUCCGUCCUGCUCAACCCUCAGACCAACAAAGUCAUCAAAGAGUUCCACGUGUUGGGUGGUGGAUCGCGAAACUACCCAGCAUCAGGGAUGUCAGCCCUGCUGCCGAUUGACCUCAGUGUCCCCAACCCUCAGCUCAUCCCGGCUGAGGUUAUUGUUUGCGGUGGUGCGAAACCCGAGGCUUAUGGCCUUGCCGGCAAGCAGAAGUUCCUUCCCGCCUUGCAAGAUUGUGCCAGACUUAGGAUUACAGACCCUAAUCCUAAGUGGGUUAAGGAAAACAUGCCCUCUCGCCGUGUCAUGGGAGAUAUGCUUAUCCUCCCCACCGGAGACCUGUUGAUUAUUAACGGUGCCCAACAAGGUGCGUCAGCAUGGUUUCUGGCAGAGCAGCCCAACUUCACUCCUGUGCUCUACAGUCCCAACAACAAACUAGGAACCCGAUUCAGGAACCUGCAACCGACCCAGAUUGCAAGAAUGUACCACUCAACCUCCGCACUCCUCCCUAAUGGAAAAAUCCUUGUAGCAGGCAGCAACACCAACCCAGGCUAUGACUUCAAGGCCAAGUACCCAACCGAGUUGAGAGUCGAGCACUUCUCGCCACCUUACCUGGACCCGGCAUUGGCUGUCCACCGCCCUGCCAUCAUGGUCCAGAACUCCGGCAUCAAGUUGAAGUACGGCCAGCCAUUCAAAGUCCAGUUUCAGCUCCAAGACAAACCCGUGACCAAGGCGGACAUCAAGCUGACAAUGUACGCGCCGCCUUUCACGACUCACGGGUACUCGAUGAAUCAGAGGUUGCUUAUUCUUGGAAAGAAUGACCUGAAGAACGUGGCACCAGAUGUUUACAUGCUUCAAGCGGUGGCGCCGCCUUCGAGUGUUUUGGCUCCACCAGGGUACUACCUGGUUUUUGUGGUCUAUCGUGGUGUGCCUAGCGUGGGAAUGUGGGUGCAGAUUAGGUAAUUAAUUUGGUCUGGCUUAAUUAGCUAGCUUCAUGAUCACCCGCCGUUCAUUCAUGUUUAAUUAAAUCAAAAUCAAUUAAACAAUUAAAUAAUAAUUUAAUUAUACCAUGAUAUCUUUCUCUUUUCUUUUCUUUGUCAUAUUAACUUUGAUCGAUGUGCGUCGAACAUAAACAAACCUUGAAGUAUGUACAGAUUUAUUUUCUAUGCAUAGAAGUUAAAGGUUUUUUUUUUUUUUUUGUUUUGUUUUGGUUGGAAACUUUAGGGUUUGAAUGCUACUCUAUGGGAUAAAGACAGUAUGGA